AUGUCAAACGGAGUUGUUUUUACCUUGUUUGAAGAUGUUGCCAGUGUUGCGGUAAAAGGAAGUUGUGCAGAUUCAGUUCCCACUCCCACUAUUGUAAUUUCCUCUGGGUACAUCAAUGUAGCUACACCUGUUACAGUACGCUGUGAGUCACCAGAAGGCACAGAGUGCCAUUUCAACAGAGAUCAUGACCCCAAACCUAUAAGAAAAGUGGAUUACAAGCAGGGUGCUUGCCAGUUCAAGUUGUUAUGGAAUGAGUUCAAAAAGUGGAACAAGACUGAAGUAGAUCUCAGCUGUGUAAUUCUACAGAACAGACAAGGUGAAACGAUCAAAACCUCUAAACCCAGUGACGCUCGAAGACUUAAUGUGGGUGAUCCAAUUGGAAAGCCCAGAGUUAAUGUGGAGAAGAUUGUGAAUUACCUCAAUCUUCGAUGUGAGGCCAAGGCUGGCACCUCAUGCUACUUUUAUCUGAACAAUGGUGACUCACACUUUAAAAAACUACCCUACAAAGACAAUGUCUGUGUGGGGAGAGUGGCAGAAGAAGAACUGCAGAGGAAGAGGAGCAGUGCUGGAGAGAUCUUCAUCACCUGUGCUGUGGAGCUGGUUGUAGAGGGUGAAGAUACUGUGACAUCACAGCAUAGUGAAUCCCUCGAUAUCACCAUAGAUGUUGUAAAUCCUCCAGGAGCUACUAGUUCCCCAUCAGCAUUCAGUGUAAUCAUAACUGGUCAGGAGAAGACAAACAGCAAUGUCACAGACCAAGGAAGAGUUUCUUCAGGUCCAGGGUUCCUCAUCAUCAUCAUUCUGGGUGCUGGUUCCCUUUUCCUGGUUCUGCUAGCUGGGUCUGUGCUGUGUGUUCUCCAAUGCAAAUGUGGGGUUCAUGGCAGGCCUGUAAAUACAGGAAGGCCACCUGAGCAGCAAGACCAAACCCCACCUUGUGUCUAUUCUGUCAUCACAAAGCCGUCUAGGGAUGAGGAAGAGGACACUAGUCUGCAAUACGCUACAGUGACAUCAACUGGUGACCCAGCUAGUAUUCAAUAUGCAACAGUGAAAUCUACCGGUAACCAAGUUGGACCUGGGCGCACCAAGAUCAAGUUUGAAAUAGCUGGAGAGUACGCCCUCUUAGCAGAAUCAUAGAAGAUUAAACAUUUACUGGAUAACAUUUUUUGACAUAGUUUACAGUUAUAAUCCUAUAUUUCUUUCUUUCUUCAUAUUGGAUCAUAAUUUACUCAUAGUACAACAAAUACUGCCACAACAACAAAGACUAAAGAUAUCUACUCCUUUCUGAAAACAAGCAGUUUCAACUAUUUGCAUUUUAGGUUAAAUGAAAUAAAUGAAAAAUUAACUUUGUCUGAAACGUAAAAUAAAUAUUUUCCUAAAUUGAGUUACCCAAUCUAGUCAGCAGUCAACAAUCAGUAGUCACCAAUCUAUUUCCCUCCUUGACAAGAGUCAAUAGAGACUCAUAGCCACAAGAAGGUAGAACAAAUGUCAAACUUCGCUUGUUACAUCUCUACAUCUCUCUCUCCUUUUCUGAUCUCUCGCUCUCUACAUCUCUCUCUUUAACCAUGUCUGGUGUAUAUUAGUUUUCAGUGGUGGAAAAAGUAGUCAACUGUCAUACUUGAGUAAAAGUAAAGAUACCUUCAUAGAAAAUGACUCAAGUAAGAGUAAAAGUCAGCCAGUAAAAGUUUACUUGAGUAAAAGUCUUUCAGUAUUUGGUUUAAAAUAUACUUAAGUGUCAAAAUUAAAAGUAUAAAUCAUUUUAAAUUCCUUAUAUUAAGCAAACCAGAAUGCACCAUUUUUUCUUUUUUUACUGAAGGCCACUCCAACACUCAUCAUUUACAAACAAAUCAUGUCAGUUUAGUGAGUCCGCCAGAACAGAGGCAGUAGGGAUGACCAGGGAUGUUCAGUUGAUAAGUGUGUGAAUUUGACUAUUUUCCUGUCCUGCUUAUCAUUCAAAAUGUAACGAGUACUUUUGGGUGUCAAGGAAAAUGUUUGGAGCAAAAAGUACAAUAUGUUCUUAAAGAAUGUAGUGAACUAAAAGUAAAAGUAGUCAAAAAUAGAAAUAGUAAAGUAUAGAUACCCCAAAAAGCUACUUAAGUAUUACUUUAAAGUAUUUUACAUUAAGUACUUUACACCUCUGUUAGUUUAAAAAAUGUGUUUUGUUAUUAUCACGGUUUACUUACAGUAUGUGCCUUUACUUCCACAUGUUGAUACACUACCUCCAUAUUUCUUCUCACUGCUUCCUGAUUUAGAUAUCAAAUCACAUUUUAUUUGUCACAUACAUAUGGUUAGCAGAUGUUAAUGUGAGUGUAGCGAAAUUCUUGUGCUUCUAGUUCUAGUUCCAACCAUGCAGUAACAUCUAACAAGUAAUCUAUCAAUUUCACAACAACUACCUUUUACACACAAGUCUAAAGGAAUGAAUUGUAACGAACGUCGUCGGGAGAAGGAGAAGAGGACCAAGGUGCAGCGUGGUAAGUAUUCAUAAUACUUUUAAUAAAUACAAACACUUGAACAAAAAGACAAACGGACAGUUCUGCAAGGUGCAAUACACAAAACAGAAAACAACUACCCACAAACACAGGUGGGAACAGGCUACCUAAGUAUGGUUCUCAAUCAGAGACAACGAUAGACAGCUGCCUCUGAUUGACAACCACACAUGGCCAAACACAAAGAAAUAGACAACAUAGAACACCAGACAUAGAAUGCCCACCCCAACUCACGCCCUGACCAAACCAAAAUAGAGACAUAAACAAGGAACUAAGGUCAGGGCGUGACAUAAAUAACAAUAUGUACAUAUAAAUAUAUGGAUGAGCGAUGGCCAAACGGCAUAGGCAAGAUUCAGUGGAUGGUAUAGAGUACAGUAUAUACAUAUGAGAUGAGUAAUGUAGGGUAUGUUAACAUUUUAUAAAGUGGCAUUGUUUAAAGUGACUAGUGAUACAUUUAUUGCAUCAAAUUUUUAUUAUUAAAGUGGCUAGAGAUUUGAGUCAGUAUGUUGGCAGCAGCCACUCAAUGUUAGUGAUGGCUGUUUAACAGUCUGAUGGCCUUGAGAUAGAAGCUGUUUUUCAGUCUCUCGGUCCCAGCUUUGAUGCACCUGUUCUGACCUUGCCUUCUGGAUGACAGAGGGGUGAACAGGCAGUGGCUGGGAUGGUUGUUGUCCUUGAUGAUCUUUUUGGCCUUCCUGUGACAUUGGGUGGUGUAGGUGUUCUGGAGGGCAGGUAGUUUGCCCCCGGUGAUGCGUUGUGCAGACCGCUCCACACUCUGGAGAGCCUUGCGGUUGUGGGCGGUGCAGUUGCCGUACCAGGUGGUGAUACAGCCCGACAGGAUGCUCUCGAUUGUGCAUCUGUAAAAGUUUGUGAGUGUUUUUGGUGACAAGCCAAAUUUCUUCAGCCUCCUGAGGGUUAAGAGGAGCUGUUGCGCCUUCUUCACCAUGCUGUUUGUGUGGGUGGACCAUUUCAGUUGGUCCGUGACGUGUACGCCGAGGAACUUAAAACUUUCCACCUUCUCCACUACUGUCCCAUCGAUAUGGAUAAGGGAGUGCUCCCUCUGCUGAUUCCUGAAGUCCACGAACAUCUCCUUUGUUUUGUUGAUGUUGAGUGUGAGGUUAUUUUCCUGACACCAUACUCCGUGGGCCCUCACCUCCUCCCUGUAGGCCGUCUCGUCAUUGUUGGUAAUAUCUGCUACUGGCUAGGCCCAACCUAAUCUCGAAAACCCAGAACAAAAUCUUGCAUGAACUUAACUCUCAUAACCCCUGUGCUCCCGACACAGGUAACAUGUUUGUUUUCCGAUCUUAGGACAGAAUAGGCCCACCCAGAUCUGUCUUAUCUACACCUACAAUUGGAGCACAUUAAAAAACCUAUGACAGCUUUAGGUAUGUUAGUGUAUAUGAAAAUGAUGCACCAUCACAAAAGGGAGCUUUUGUUUCACCAUAAAUGUAGAGAGGAGAGACACAAAAUACAGUGUGUCACACUCACUACUGUGGCAUUGCCUGAGUCAUUAUCUACAGCCAACAGCUCCUGUGUAUAUUUAUAAAAACAUUUUUGUUGAUAAUAUCUGCUACUAUCUGCUACUCUGUGGACCCCACCUAUUGUAGUCUGUUCCUGUUCCUCUCAGACCAAUUGCAUUCUCAUACUGGGCUAUAAAUAGAUGUGCAAAGGUUUUAAGAUGUGAUUCAUUUGAACAAGUAUACUUGAUGCAUUUGUAAUGAACAGCUUUCAUGAUGUAUAAGUAAAUUAUUUGUGUGCAAAACUAGAGACUAAUGAAACCCACAUGAUAAUUGCAACAAUUUAAUAAAAUUAUUAUUAUUUAUUUUUUUACCCCUUUUUUCUCCCCAAUUGGUAGUAGUUACAGUCUUGUCUCAUCGCUGCAACUCCCAUAUCGAUUCGGGAGAGGCGAAGGACGAGAGCCAUGCGUCCUCCUAAACACAACCCAACCAAGCCUGCUUCUUGACACAAUGCCCAUCCAACCUGGAAGCCAGCAGCACCAAUGUGUCGGAGGAAACACCGUACACCUGUCUACCGUGUCAGAGUGCACUGCGCCCGGCCCGCCACAGGAGUCGCUAGUGUAACCGAUGUGAAAUGGCUGGCUAGUUAGCGGUGGUGCGCGCUAAUAGCGUUUCAAU